GGACGUGUUUGUAAAGGGGGGGGGGCAUUUACAAUUAACUUAAAGAUGCAUUCAAUGCCAAACUAUUGUUUAGUAAUUUAAUAGCAGAGGAGCAGAAAUUGGGUCACUAUUUACAAGUUUUAAGAAUAAGUGAACUGAUCAGUCGUUAAAUUUCUCUUUUCUUUUUCUAGUAAUCAUUGUAGAAUUGCUACUUACAGUAAAGCAAAAUUUUUAGAGGCGAUACCGAAAGUGUUGUUUCGGGGCGAUUUAAAAAAAUACUUAAAACUACGAGGGAUUUUUUUUAAACAAGUUGUAAACUUAAACAAAAUGAACUAAACUGAAAAAAAGUCAUUGUAACUGUGUACGAAACUGCACUGCAGCCGCUGUUGCUGAAUCGUUGCGGCAAUAAACGGAGCAGCAGAGAAGAGUAGACCUACAACAUCCGGGCAAUAGUCAGCUUGCGCAGAAACGGAAUGGCGGAGGUGGGUGAUAAGCAUCUAAACAUGAAUGCAGAGCUUGUGGCCUAGUGGAGAGUGGAGGAGAUACAGCAAUGAAGGCCCUCAUCUGCAGAAGCAGAAGUCUUUACGGGUCUUAGAGGAGUUGGAGGAGGAGAAGAGUCCUCGCUCCAUGAAGAUGGCGACACCAUCCCACACUGCCAGUGAGCUUCCCUUGGAGGAGCUGCUGGCUUUCUAUGGCUAUACAGUAUCAGAUCCAGAGAAGGAGACCUGUCACAUGGCUGCCAGUUUGCCAGACAUGACACUGGACAAGGAUCAGAUAACUGAGGAUCUCUUCCCUGGGGAGCAGGAAGAAGAAUCAUUAGCCGACGAUCUCACCCCCUCAGUCACCUCAAACACCUCAGAUCUGCUUCGCCGCAUCCAAGGUGGAGACAAAGACACAUUGGUCAGUUCAUCAGAUGAGGACUCUGAUGAUGUCUCUAUUCCAUCCAAUGAAGAGCACAAGGAGAUAAUGGUUGGCUCCAUGUAUCAGGCAAAAAUCCCUCCAAUGAGCCCGUACACCUACCAGGAUAGAGCUUACAGCACCGAAGACCAGUUGUUGUGGAGACCAGGGGUUCUGCCAGUGCAUGAAGUGGAGGAGUUCUUGCUGAAUGCACAAAGACCCCGUGGCCAGGAGGAGGCACUAGGAACCCAGGGGGUCAUUGUCCAAGACAAUGAACAGGCACUGUACGAGUUAGUCAAAUGCAACUUCAAUGUCGAAGAGGCACUGAGGCGAUUUCGUUUCAACGUGAAAGUAUUCAGUGAAGAGCUCUGCUCCUGGAGCGAGGAGGAGUGCAGGAACUUUGAGCAUGGGUAUCGAGUUUAUGGGAAAAACUUCCACCUCAUUCAGGCAAAUAAGGUACGAACACGCUCAGUGGGCGAGUGUGUGGAGUAUUACUACAUGUGGAAGAAGUCUGAGCGUCACAAGUACUUUAUUCAGCAGGCUACCAGGCUGAGCCGCAAGAAGUACAGCCUGCAAUCAGGGAGCAUGGAGGAUGGAGACCAGGAUGGGGAGGUUGUGGAACUGGAGGGAAGCAACAGUUCCUCAAGGUUGUUGUCUCACAGCUCCAUGGGCACAGGGCAGCUGGAGUCCCCGUUACCUCCACAGUCGAACCUGGACCAGGACAAACAAGAUGGUGAGCUGAUGAUGGGCUUGUCAGAGCUGUGCGGCGACGAGUGUCCUCAGCAGCUGUUCGGAUGUCCUUUCUCUCUCCCGCCCAUAGACGGCCUGCAGGAAUCUGGCUCAGAUAGUUGUUGUCCUUCAGCUCCAGUCCAGCUCCAGUCUCAGCUCUUUGCUGAGAGCUCCCAGUGGGCCUGCGGGAACUCUCCGGCCCUCCAUGACAACCACGGGCUCCCAAACUCUUGUUUCUUUCAGCUACACAUGCGUGGCGAACAUUUACUUUCUGAGGGCCCUGACUGUGGUACAGCGAGCGGUGGGGCCAGUGCUUCCCACAUGCUGCAGGUGGAAUUUAGCCUGCCGUCCUCUUCAUCAUCCUCAACCGCUGUCCUCCCGUCACACUUCCAGGCAUUCGGCAGUUUGCUUCACCCCUCACCCGUCCAGCAUCCUCGCUCUCUCACACAGUGAAGGGGACAUGGAGAUAUCUAAGUGGUACUCUGUGUAAUUUGCCCUGUGUGUUUUUGGUUGGUAGUGAUGUUUUACAGCAAGGUAGAGAAGAAAUGAGAGGACAAAAAGUGCGUUAAUGCAACUUGCUUGAAAACUGAUGGACCUAUUACCUGUGUUAGCGGGUGACUUGAGUGCCUCUUCUUAAACGGAGACGCUCGAAUCCGACGCCCAUUGUGGAAUGAUGACUGUAUUAUUAAUCACUACUUUCAGGCAUUGAUUAUGUGCUGCUGUCCAUUAUUCCUGAAACUGAUUAUUGACAAUGUUGACCACUGCUGCUUUGUUUUCUUAUUUAUCAGAACGGACAAAUUUGACUGCUGCUCAGAUUUGGUUUCUUUCCCCAGAUUCUUACCGUGAAUACAGACAACAUGACUUUUUUAUGCUCUUCAUAUCAGUCAGCAUCUUCACUGCUGCAGCCAUUUCAGAUCGGACUGUACCUCACAUCAUGUAAUGUGGGGGGGGUGUCUGACUACAGAGUAAAUCUGUCCACUUAUACAACAUAGAUUAGUUUAUUUAAACAUUAACUUAAAAUGUUUUCUCCUUUCUUGGCCCUACAUAUCUGCUUUGUCUUUAUUCUGCAGAAAAGUUCAUCUUUCUUAAGGUUUUUUUUUUUUUUUUUUUUUAAAUAUGAACACCUUAAACAAAAAAAGUUCUAUGGCUGAUUUGAAUGUGCAGCAAUGUAGGAGCCUAAUGGAGCGCAAUAAUUUCCUGUUUUAUGGUAUUUUAUUUCUUUUUUAAUUUCCUUUCUUUUUGCUUCUGUGGAAAUGUUCCUCUUUUUUUCCCACCACUGAAAAUGUAUAUAGAUUUAUAAAGGUGCAGGGUUUUGUCAUCAGUCAUGAACACCAUUUCUCAUAUGAUGAAUAACUGCUACCAUGAUGAGCCUGUUUCAUAUAAUGGGCUUAAAAAUGAAAGACUGAAAUAUAAAACUUUACAUGCUAAGGUGCCGUAUACAGAAGUGAGAAUACCCGAGUGCAAUAUCACUGAAAUACAAAACGGUUCACGAGUGAAAUAUUUCCACCACAUAAAAAUAAAACAAAAACAUAAAAUAUACAUAAGCACAAAAACAAACAAACGCAAUUGUGGUCUUAAGCUUACACACGAGUCAUCAUGUGCAUGAAUGUCAUUGGAAUCUGUUUUUAAUGAUUUCAGUUUCUGGGGUGUCAUCUUUAAUGACUUUACAAACAUGAAUUGGGUUCCCAAGUUUGAAUUUAUUUUGGAUCUUCACUAAUCCACACAGGGUCAAAAGUGUACAUAGAGCUUUUCAAAUGUAUACAUACCCCCGCACUAACAUUGGUUAAAUUUCCUUUAUCGACCUGCAACUGAACCAGACACUUUGGUAGCAUUUCCAGCUGUAAAUUUCCACCCUCUUCUUGGCAGAUUUGGUAGAGUUCAUACCCAUGAUGUAUGUAAGCUUCUGGCCACAACAAAAAGAUCAGUGACAAUUGGGAAAAUCUGAUUACCGAAACCAAAACGAGUCCUUCUCUGAUCUCCAGUUAGCCUGGAUCCAUUAACAUGAGCAUCAGAACGUACAGUUUAUUUAUUUAUGGGUGUCUAUCAGCAAAAGAACAGAUGCAUAAGUAAUCAGAAGAAGUGGACCAAACCACAGUAGCUGUUCUCUUGCACGGUCUAGCUCUUGAAGAAAACACAGCCACGUGUUUUAGAUGACUCACAUAACGUUCACCACAACGAACAGGAAAUCUUUCUCCAGCACAAAACUGUUACGAACACGAGAAGAAGCCUGAUGCUUAUUAGGAGCAGAUUCCUUAGUCAGAUGACAGAUGAAUUUGUUUUCCCUAGAUGUGUUCCAGCAUGUUUAGCAUGAGCUGGGCCAAGACCACCACAGUGAAUACAGUCCCAGCAGCGAGGCAGGGAGGUGGGACUGUGAUGACCUGUGGCUGGAUGAAGUGUUGGGGGAACGUUUCUUGAUAUCUUGAUAAAUGUCUUUAGAUAAAUUACUGGUUGACAAGA